GUUAGGGGAACCCACCAGACCGGAAGCUUCUGGAACUCUUUCCUGAGGGAAUCGUGAUGAAGAUGUGGCCCAGUGGAUUUGAAAGCUAUAGAAUUUCCUCUUUGGGGGGAUCUGGAGGCUACACACAGUCCCCUGGGGGCUUUGGAUCACCGACACCUUCCCAGGCCGAAAAGAAAUCUAGAGCCCGAGCUCAGCAUAUUGUACCCUGUACCAUAUCUCAGCUGCUUUCUGCUACUCUGGUUGAUGAAGUGUUCAAAAUUGGAAAUGUUGAAAUUUCACAGGUCACUAUUGUGCGGAUAAUCAGAAAUGCAGAGAAGGCAGCAACCAGCAUUGUUUACAAAAUAGAUGACAUGACAGCUGCACCCAUGGAUGUUCGCCAGUGGGUUUACACAGAUGAUGCCUGCAGUGAAAACACUGUGGUUCCUCCAGAAACAUAUGUGAAAGUGGCUGGUCAUCUGAGAUCUUUUCAGAACAAGAAAAGCCUGGUAGCCUUUAAGAUCAUACCCCUGGAGGAUAUGAAUGAGUUCACCACACAUAUUCUGGAAGUAGUCAAUGCACACAUGAUGCUGAGCAAGUCUAACAGCCAGCCCUCAGCACCUAUCGGCAAUCCAGGAAUGGGUGAAGCUGGGAACUUCGGUGGGAAUAGCUUCAUGCCAGCACAUGGCCUCACUGUGGCCCAGAACCAGGUACUGAAUUUGAUUAAGGCUUGCCCAAGGCCUGAAGGAUUGAACUUUCAGGAUCUCAAGAAUCAGCGCCAACACAUGACUGUAGCCUCAAUCAAGCAAGCUGUGUAUUUUCUAAGCAACGAGGGACACAUCUAUUCCACUGUGGAUGAUGAUCAUUUUAAAUCCACAGACGCAGAAUAACUGGAUCUAAUUGGGUACCCGAGAUAU